AUGGCGCCAGUUAAAUUCGGGCUGUUUAAAACGAGGAGUCGGGAUCAACAGGAGCAGCCUUCCACUGAGAAUCUACUGCACAGCACCAGCUCUGAACUAGCGACCCCCGGCUCCCCGAUCCCAUCGACGAGUAAAGGACAGAGUGCAGAUGCAGAUUUCUACUCGCCAGACAUAUCGGUAUUGCAGCUCGACAGCGACGAUGAAGACGUAAGUUUAUUGUAUAAAGGACAGAGUGCAGAUGCAGAUUUCUACUCGCCAGACAUAUCGGUAUUGCAGCUCGACAGCGACGAUGAAGACUCGCUAGACGGUCGCACGAUGGUCGCAGACAACACUAAAUUAACGAGUAGUGGACAGAGUGCAGAUGCAGAUUUCUACUCGCCAGACAUAUCGGUAUUGCAGCUCGAUAGCGACGAUGAAGAUAUCGGUUCAGAAAAGGCUACGCCUACCAGACGAAUCAGCCAUAGCAGUGUUAUAGAGGAUCCACUGAUGAACUAUCAACACCUAACCAACCAAUCAUCCAUCGAUCACGACGACACCCUCCCCAUAGACGACGACGCGACCUCCUGCGAUGCCAACUCCAUACAGUUUGACGAAACCUCCUUAGCGCCGAGCGAAGACCUGUCGGUCUACUGUCUGAAGAAGAAGAAGAAUCUCAGGAGUGCCAAGGAGGUGCAGCAGCUGAGGGAUUUGGAUAUGUGGAGGGCGAGCGAUGUCGAAGUAAUGCAGAACCUCCUAAGCCGGAGCGGCAACCUUAACGAGCAGUUCAAAUGGGAGGCCAUCGCAACAGCCAGAGGGCUCUGCACACUCACGGACAACUGCGCUUGCACGGAUUGUGCACGUGCCAAGUACUUAGCGGGAAUGGCGGACGGAGACGGCGGGAUGAGCGCGGCGCCAUUGUUAAGUGUUGGUUGCGUUUUGCAGUAAAGCUAUCGGGCUAUAAGUAUGUGAAAAUGAAAAGACUAAGAUGUAUUCUUUUUCUACUGAAUUAUUCUCGAAUAUUGUAAAGACAGAGCAGUAAAAUAAUGACAAUCUCUCAAUCUCAAA